AUGGCUGAGGCCAUCCAGGGUUUCAAUGCAAGGAAGCUCAAGGAGGCCGAGUUGGAAAAGGCCAAGUAUUAUAAGUUUCGUCUGAAUGAAGUAUUCAAGCGUGUCAGCGUGGAUGCCAUGGUGGCCCUUAUUGCAGAAGUGGCUGUAUAUGAUAGGAUGAAAGCAGAGAAGGAGGAAAUGGAGAGGAAACAAACAGCAGAAACCAGCACAAAAGAGCUUCUCACCUUGUCCCAUGCCCCCGAAGGACCUGGUAACACUCUGGCCAAUCUAAUGAGAGGCACUGGUGGCAUCGAUGAAAGGCGAUGGAAGAAGGAGCAGGCAAUGAAAGACGAGGCGUGGUCCAACCGGCCGUACCUCCUCCUCGACGUGCGCUCAGAGGAUUUGUACAGAGAGCAGCACAUCAAGACGGCUCUCAACUUUCCCCUCAUCCGACUCAGUCGCAGCAUCACAUGGGAGACCCAGGAGAUGACAUCCUUUAUUCAGAAGAACAAAGGAGAGAAGAUCAUUGUGGUAUAUGAUGAAGAUGAGACCCUGUCACACCGAGUUGCAACCACCUUUGUCCAGAGAGGAUAUGAGAACAUUUUUAUCUUGAGUGGGGGUCUUGCACUCAUGCGAGACCGUUACAAACGCUGUGGGAUUCUUACUUCACCUGAAAAGGGCUCUACAUUCACUGAAGAACAGAUCCAGGCAAUGAAGAAGAGAUUGGACAAGUUUGACUUUGCCUCUGUCCUGACUAAAUGCAUGGGGGCAAUAGAGAAGCAGCAACCAGUGCGGAGAUGUCGCUCUGAGCACAGUCUGAAGUCAUCCCGUUCUAACUUCCAUCUCAACUGAUUUUGAAUGCAGUUUCAUGUUGUCUUGUGAUAUUUCUUCAUCCUACAGCUAAUAGGGCCCUGAAGGCUGAGAUGUGAUACUCGCCACUUGGAAUGAAGUCAUGUCGAAUGGUCAAAAACAAAAUGUGAGGAAAGUGGCAUGGUAGAAUGGCUAGAUAACUGGUUGCUCUAAAUACCUGAGAAGUUUUGGAUUGGGUUUGGUAUGAUUUUAAUUAUGUUGUCUACUAGGUGAAUUUGCCUUUGAAAAUCCAUGGGAAAUAAGGAGAUAACGUUAGCACUUCAAAGUUAGUUUCUUGCUGGACAAUGGAUUGAGAUUGAGGAUGGAAGGAGAGGUGAAGGGGCACAAGCCAUCCCCAAUGCCAUCCAGAGCAUAUAGUGUUGGCCUUUAGACAUGACUUCAUUUUUUCCAACAUGAACCAACCCUUGCAAGUGUUCCCAGUAGGUAAUUGUUUCUUAGAUGUUCUCAGACAGCAAAUCCAGCUGUUUAUUGAGAAAGCUUUAAUGGGUGUUUUGCAUUCUUCUGACCUUGAUGUGCUAUGUGAUGUGUUGAUGUUCACAUAUCAGAAUGGUCCUUUGAUGUGCUAUGUGAUGUGUUGAUGUUCACAUAUCAGAAUGGUCCUUUGAUGUGCAAUUUUUUGUCUUUAGAAGUAAGUUUAGGUACUGCCACUUUACUCUCUGGAUGCAGUCACAUGGGAGACUGAUACUGACGUACAAAGACUUUGCUGUGAGUUGUGACCAUGGAACCAAAAUCCGUCCCUGACAAUCGCUUAUCUGUGA